GCUAAAAUUAAAAUAAUAACUGUUUUUUAGAACUGUUGGUGGAAUAUGUUGGACUUAAGCCAUGCUAAAAAAAUGGUCUUUGUAUGGGGAUGACCCAACCCUAUUGGAAAUAUUAAGAGCAGAUAAAGAUUUUAAAAGGAAUUAACAUGAUGAGAAGAAAGAAAUCCCAUCAAAAGCCCCAGUGCAGUAACAACUCUUUUUGGGUGAUCAGUCAUAGGCAUUAGAUGUAAUUCUCUAUCUGUAGAUAAGUUUUAACCUGACAUUUCAAUUUCGUUAUUAGUAUCCAUGGUUAUUUGUAUACAUUAAUACACAUUUGUCAGAAGUCAGCACUGACAGUUGUGGGUUUUGUCUGACAAUCAAGGUUCACAGCUUGACUGCUUGAACUCCCCGAUUAAAAUAAUGAAUACACUGAAUAAAUAUACUAACUGUGACAUUUGUUAGUUUCCUCUGUUUUACCUUAUAUGGUGAAUUUGGGUUUUAAAAGGUUAGGCAAGGUGUUAGUCAAAACUGUGUAGCCAACUGGUACAUGUUCUGACUGCUUAUUGUCCUUGAUCAUAUCCAAUUUACAGACUUGUCAAUAAAUCCAGAUGGCACUGGGUCUGAACAAAGGAUUACCUGCCCCACACCCCCAAACUCUCUCCUAUCACCCCCUUUCCCCCACUCCACCCCAUGUCUUCCUUUGUGUCCCUAAUCAAAGGUACCUAGAUACUAGCACCACCAUGUGGUCAAUGAUAUACAGCUAAGUUUACCUGAUAGGUGAAUUAGACCUCACACUGAUUCCAGGUAAGUAGCUUGAUCUGUGCUGAGGGGACAACAACUCAGUAACUGUAUUGUCUGGUUAAAGGACAGUUUUUAAGGACAGUAGACAAGGUCAGAUUUGUCUGAACUGGACAUGAUGUUUCUGUUUGGGCUUGUUAGUAUCUCUGUUCUUGUAGACUGUAUAUAACCCGGGUCAGUGACAGUCUCAAACCAUUCCAUUUUGUCCUUUCACCUGAACACCAGUGUAAGAGUGCCUGAACACCUGCUCUUAGAAAAUUCUAAGUUUCUGCCAAAAGGAGAAAGACUGCCACAUUACCUGUCAAGAUUGAACAUCUGCUCUAAGAAAUUGCAAGUGUACUGCAAAAAGAGAAGAAAAAAACCUACCUCUUUGUCUCUUGAGGCAUAAUAUUGAUAAGUAACCAUGGAUAUCAGACAUCGUAUGAUUUUACGAAGAAGCAUGUUGAAAAGGGUGCGUUUUUGUCCCUCAGGUAGACUGAGCAAGCGAGACUUACUGACGCACAAUCUUGCUGCAAACAACGACCCUCUCGUCAUGGCACAGUUCAACCUGGAGAAUGAGAUCAGCAAUAUCCUGAGAAUGGACGGAGCUUUGACGCGAGGCCCCGCCAUGAGGUGGCAGAGGAAACAGAGCGAGACGGAACCUCGCCCUUCACAAUCCAUGGAUAACCUCAACGUCAGCCAGGGCACGAAAACCCCGAGGAAGCCCCUCAGCAAGUCCAGCCCUAAUACCCCAGAACACGGAUUAGGCAGCAAGACGCCUGGAUCUCAGAGCAAGAGAAAAACACCAGGUGCAAAACUGCCGAAAACCCCAAAGACGCCAAGCGGUGGUGACAGAUUUAUUCCGAACCGAGCCACAACACAGUUCGACCUGGGCCACUUUAAAUUGAUGAAACGGAACAGCCAGGAAAAUACCGAAGUGUUGAGUCCUGCCAAACAGGAGUACCAGAGAGUCAUGGAGGAAAACCUCAAUGGAGAUCUCUUGAGUAACAAAAUCAUCUCUUACAAAGCCAAGGCACCACAAGCCCCUGAAGGUUACCACUCUGAGCUGAAGGUGUUAUACAGCACCUCGAAGUGUAAGAGCAGUUCCAAAAAGAACCGUCAGGUGCCUCAGGUGCCAGAGAGGAUCCUUGAUGCACCAGAUAUUCUUGACGAUUAUUAUCUCAACCUGCUGGACUGGUCUGUUAACAACCACUUGGCGGUGGCCCUUGGUAGCAGCGUCUAUCUGUGGAAUGCUGGAUCAGGGGAGAUAAGCCAGCUGUUACAGAUGGACAAUCCUGAAGACUAUGUGGGAGCAGUGUCCUGGAUUAAGGAAGGAAACUACCUGGCUGUGGGCACAAGCUGUGGGGAAGUUCAGUUGUGGGAUGUGGGACAACAGAAACGAAUCAGAAAUAUGACUAGUCACGCGGCGCGGGUGGGUGCCCUUUCUUGGAACUCUUACAUCCUCAGUUCUGGCUCACGGAGUGGCUUCAUCCAUCACCACGAUGUUAGGGUGCCUGAUCAUCAUGUAGCCACAUUAGGCAGCCAUACUCAGGAGGUCUGCGGGCUCAAGUGGUCACCUGACGGCAAAUACCUGGCCAGCGGAGGCAAUGAUAACAUCCUGAACAUCUGGUCAUCUAGAGAUCGUGCUCCACUCACCGAUGUUCGACCCUUGUACAGCUUCAGCAGGCAUCAAGCUGCCGUCAAGGCCUUAGCAUGGUCACCCUGGGAAGCUGGUGUAUUGGCCAGUGGGGGUGGGACAGCUGAUAGACAGAUUUGCUUCUGGAAUUGUAACACAGGUGCUUUCCUCAACAGUGUGGACACGAAGUCACAGGUGUGUUCCCUUCUGUGGUCCAAAGAGUACAGAGAACUGGUAUCCAGUCACGGAUAUGCCCAGAACCAGCUGAUUGUGUGGAAGUACCCGACUAUGAACAAGGUCACAGAACUGACUGGUCACACAGCUCGAGUCUUGCACAUGGCCAUGUCUCCAGACGGAUCCACUGUCGUGUCGGCGGGUGCUGAUGAAACUCUUCGACUCUGGAAGUGUUUUGCUGCCGAUCAGCAGAAGAAAACUCAGAAAUCAGCCAGCAAGAGCAAACCCAGUGCUAUCUUCAGGCCGAUGAUUCGGUGAAGUCUUCAUUUCAUCCCAGCAAGGCCCUAGUGCUAAUGGAUCUGGCUACAUUAUUCAGUGCAAUUUUCAUCACAUUAUUCCAUCAUGGAAUUCCAUUAUUCCAUCAUGGAAUUCCAUUAUUCCAUCAUGGAAUAAUAUUAUUAUUAAUAAAGUUUGUGUAUAUAGAGCAUGCUAACUUUGCCACUUUUACAACACAUAGAUCAAGUUCACACAUAUCGCUUUUAAAUCAUUCAAACAUUCUUUCAUUUCAGCACAUACUUUACAUAUAUCGUGGAUAUAAGUAAAUGCGCCUCAGACUAUACUAAAGAAUAGUGAUUAAUGUAUUGCAUUACAUUGACAUUGUGCUCAUUGAAAAAAACAUGUAUAAUUUUUUUAUACAUAAAAACAAAGGAUAUUUCUGAAGCUUCAGUGCCACAGAUUUCCCAACAUUCACAUGUUCCUACAAUCUAGUAGGUAAAUUUGUAGAAAUGUAUUUUUAUAUCUAUAUAUAUGUAUAUAAACUAGUCUGUUUUUGGAUGAUACUUUUGGUAGUUUGUGCAAAACCUACCUGAUCCCACUUUUAUAGGUUAUGUAAUAGUUAGUUUUGUGGCGUUAAUGAAAAUGUGGAAGAUAAAAAGAAAACAUAACAGUUCUUGUUGAGUUGUUUUCAGUGUUUGUUUUUUGUGUAC